ACUUGUUAGAACAGGUAUUCGGAGUCAUUUCUAGUAUGUCUAAUUGUCUACCCCUUUUGUCACAUGUUUUCUAGUUAUACCUUGAAAGAGAUGGGUAUAGGAGUGUUUGCUAGGUCCUUGUUCCGUUAGGGAGGUGACAUAGAUAUGGAGUGAUGAGUGAGCUGUUUUCUACUGAUUAGGCCUAGGUCUGGUAGAGACAGGAGGGGGGUAGAGUCCCGAGGUUAGAGGGAGAGAAAAUCCUCUCUCACUCUGUUCUCUCUCCUGUCAGACGUUUUCAGUCAUAUGACUUUAUAAUCACAAGCUUUCACAGACCCUCAUUCUUUUCAACUUCACACUUCUUUUCUUGGAAUGAAUGAAUGAGUGACCGGGACUGAUAAUUUCACCACUUUGACUGAGUUCUCUGAACAGAUCUCCAGUUGCUGCAUUUCCAGAGCGCACACCCCCCCCACCCACCCACCCACAAUGACAGAGCAGGAAGCUGACGUCCUGGAAGAGGAAUCUCCUCAGGCCAAUGGGGACAUCCAGAACACCCAGGGUCAGUACCGGUCCAUAUCCCCGCCGGCCUCACCAGUGGCCGGAACACUGGACGAUGAGCAAUUUUCCACAUACUUCGAGGAGAAGAUUCCCAUCCCGGAUGAUGUCACAAAGAUUUUCAGUUUUCGCAAACUCUGGGCCUUUACGGGACCAGGUUUCUUGAUGAGCAUUGCCUAUCUGGACCCAGGAAACAUUGAGUCUGAUCUACAGUCUGGAGCUAAAGCUGGCUUUAAGCUCUUGUGGGUGUUGUUGGUGGCCACCAUCAUAGGCCUCCUUCUGCAGAGGCUGGGUGCACGCCUGGGGGUCGUCACAGGGAUGCACCUCGCAGAGGUCUGCCACCGCCAGUACCCUGCUGUUCCACGUAUCAUCCUGUGGUUUAUGGUGGAGUUGGCCAUCAUUGGCUCAGACAUGCAGGAGGUCAUCGGCUGUGCCAUCGCAUUCAAUCUCCUCUCUGUGGGCAGGAUUCCACUUUGGGGUGGUGUCCUCAUUACUAUCACUGACACCUUUGUGUUCCUCUUUCUAGAUAAGUAUGGCCUGAGGAAACUUGAACUAUUCUUUGGGUUUCUAAUCACCAUCAUGGCAAUAAGUUUUGGGUAUGAGUAUGUGAAGGUGGGUCCGGACCAGGGGGAGCUGCUGAAGGGGAUGUUUCUGCCCUACUGUCAGGGCUGUGGCACUCCCCAAAUGGAGCAGGCUGUCGGUAUUGUAGGAGCUGUCAUCAUGCCUCACAACAUCUACCUGCAUUCAGCCCUUGUCAAGUCUCGGCAGAUAGAUCGUGGAAAUAAGAAGGAAGUGAAGGAGGCCAACAAAUACUACUUCAUUGAGUCCACUAUCGCCCUCUUCGUCUCUUUCCUCAUCAAUGUCUUUGUUGUAGCUGUGUUUGCUGAGGCCUUUUACAAAAAAACCAACAAGGAAGUGAACUUACAGUGCAAUGCAUCAGGCAGUCCACACACAGAACUCUUCCCAAUGGACGAUAACCCACUGGAGGUGGAUAUUUACAAGGGGGGGGUGGUGCUGGGCUGUUUCUUUGGCUCUGCAGCCCUCUACAUUUGGGCUGUUGGGAUCCUGGCUGCUGGACAGAGCUCUACCAUGACAGGCACCUACUCUGGACAGUUUGUCAUGGAGGGUUUCCUGAACCUGCGUUGGUCCCGUUUUGCUCGGGUUCUGCUGACCCGGUCCAUUGCCAUCUUCCCCACAUUGCUUGUAGCCAUUUUCCAGGAUGUUCAACACAUGACUGGCAUGAACGACUUCCUCAAUGUGCUGCAGAGCCUGCAGCUGCCGUUUGCUCUGAUCCCAAUCCUGACCUUCACCAGUAUGACGUCCAUAAUGGAUGACUUCGCUAAUGGACUGUUCUGGAAGAUUGGUGGCGGGGUGGUCGUCUUGAUGGUCUGUGCCAUUAACAUGUACUUUGUGGUGGUGUACGUGCAAAGCCUGGACAGUGUGGCGCUCUAUGUAUUGGCGGCCUUUCUCUGCAUAGCAUACCUGUGCUUCGUGUGCUACCUGGCUUGGCAGUGUCUGAUAGCCCUGGGGAUCUCCUGUCUGGAUGUUUCUUGCCUGGGCGGAAGGCUGGCUGUUCCUGUUGUACAGGACGUCCAUGUAAUGCGUAUGGGGUUGACGGGCCACACAGACAUUUACCUGCUGAAUGACAUGGACAGCACGACUUUGGUGGAAAGAUGAGGUGCUAUAGAGGUGGAUAGAAGCACUGGUACAGUCAGACCUAACAUGGAGGAUGAAGGGACCAUUGGCUCAGCUAGUAGUGCUUAUCCUCCUGUGCCUUAGCUACUGGCCAGACCUUGGUAAAUGCCCUUCUUCAUCAUCCAAGCCUGACAAGGGGCACUGAGCCACUCACUUGACAUUCCACAAGACCGGUGUUCUAGCUAUGAUAGGGACUAUGUCAGGCCAAUGUUAAAGUUAACCCCAUUGAGUUCAAUGGCAAUAUAAUAGUAGUAAUAAUAGUGUUUAGUGUGUUUUGAACAGACACAUUUCUUCAAUUGAUAUGCAUGUAUGUUGUAGAAUUUAUAUUUAUGACAAGAGAACUUGACCUCAACUGGUGAGAGCACUACCGUUUCUUCUGUAUUUAACUUUUCAACUAGUUUCUCUGCUAAUUGUUACUAUAACUAGAAAAAUUCUGCCCACUAAGAUAUUUAUUUAAAAAGUGCCGGGGUGUUGAAAAUAACACCAAUCAAAACGUUACUAAUUUCCUGUUACUUUGGUUAUUCUCUUGAAAACCCUUCAGUAAAACUGUAGCUUUGGGUUUCUAAAUUGUCCCAUUUCCUAAGCAAAAUGUGUGGUAUGUACAAAUAUGCAGGGACCUCUUUGAAAGACGGUGUUUUUGUUCACUGAAAACUCUACCAAUUGAAAUUCUGUUCCAGUGCAUGUUUGUGUCCAAAGCUUGUUUGAAGAUGUAGGCCUUGUAUGCUGCUAGGCAGACAAACCUGCUACGAAUCAACCAUGACACAGGUAGUAUGGCUACUCUGGUGGUUACAUUACAGAGAGACCAUCUUUAUAUAGACUGACUAUAGACUGACAUAAUAGAAUGAUUAAUAUACAGUGGGGAGAACAAGUAUUUGAUACACUGCCGAUUUUGCAGGUUUUCCCACUUACAAAGCAUG